GUCUCCUGCAACAAGAUGAUAGGGGUCCUGCUUGUCUUUUUUCCUGCUAUCCUCUUGGAGAUGGACUUUCUCCCCAAGAAUGUUGGCAGAAAGGUUUUGAUUUCAGCAGCUUCCUCCCAAAGAUCAGUAGCCAGAAUGGAUGGAGAUGUCAUUAUAGGAGCUCUCUUUUCAGUCCAUCACCAACCCCCAGCUGAGAAGGUACCAGAAAGGAAGUGUGGUGAGAUCCGGGAGCAAUAUGGCAUCCAGAGAGUUGAGGCCAUGUUUCACACUCUGGAUAAAAUAAAUUCAGACCCAGUUCUGCUGCCCAACAUCACUUUAGGCAGUGAAAUUCGAGAUUCCUGCUGGCAUUCCUCAGUAGCCUUGGAACAGAGUAUUGAAUUCAUAAGGGACUCCUUGAUCUCCAUCCGAGAUGAAAAAGAUGCUCUGGGUCGCUGCCUGCCAGAUCCUUUAUAUCACCACCAGGUCAGGGCCAAAAAACCCAUUGCUGGUGUUAUUGGUCCAGGUUCCAGUUCUGUAGCCAUCCAAGUGCAAAAUCUGCUUCAACUUUUUGAUAUUCCUCAGAUUGCUUAUUCUGCAACCAGUAUUGACCUGAGUGAUAAAACUUUGUACAAAUAUUUCUUGAGGGUAGUUCCAUCUGAUAUUCUGCAAGCUAGAGCCAUGCUUGACAUCGUCAAACGUUACAAUUGGACAUAUGUAUCUGCUGUGCAUACUGAAGGAAACUAUGGAGAGAGUGGCAUGGAAGCUUUCAAGGAACUGGCUGCUCAGGAAGGCCUUUGUAUUGCUCAUUCAGACAAGAUCUACAGCAAUGCAGGAGAAAAAAGCUUUGAGAAGCUGUUACAGAAGCUCCGGGACAGGUUGCCAAAGGCCAAAGUUGUGGUUUGUUUCUGCGAAGGGAUGACAGUCAGGGGAAUCCUCAUGGCUAUGAGACGCUUGGGAGUACGUAGAGAGCUUCUCCUGAUUGGGAGUGAUGGAUGGGCAGAUAGAGAUGAAGUCAUUGAAGGGUAUGAAGCUGAAGCAAGUGGGGGCAUCACGAUUAAGCUGCAGUCUCCAGAAGUCUUAUCAUUUGAUGACUACUUUUUGAAAAUAAGACUGGAGACCAACACAAGAAAUCCUUGGUUCCCUGAGUUUUGGCAACAUCGUUUCCAAUGCCGCUUGCCAGGUCAUCCUCUAGAGAACCCCAACUUUCAAAAGAAUUGCACCGGCAAUGAAAGCUUAGAAGAAAACUAUGUCCAAGACAGUAAAAUGGGAUUUGUUAUCAAUGCAAUCUAUGCUAUGGCCCAUGGCUUACAAAAUAUGCAUCAUGCCCUUUGCCCAGGACAUGUUGGACUGUGUGAUGCUAUGAAGCCAAUUGAUGGAAGCAAACUUUUGGAGUUUCUCCUAAAUUCGUCAUUCAUUGGAGUAUCAGGAGAAGAAGUGAGGAUUGAUGAAAAUGGAGAUGCUCCUGGAAGAUAUGACAUCAUGAACCUGCAACAUAUAGAAUCUAACCAUUAUGAUUAUGUCCACAUUGGGACCUGGCACGAAGGAGUCUUGAAUAUUGAUGAUAACCGAAUUCAAAUGAACAAAACUGAAAUGGUCCGGUCUGUGUGUAGUGAUCCCUGUUUGAAAGGUCAGAUCAAGGUUAUAAGGAAGGGAGAAGUGAGUUGCUGCUGGAUUUGUACUGCUUGCAAGGAGAAUGAAUUUGUGCAAGAUGAGUUCACAUGCAAAGCCUGUGAACUAGGAUGGUGGCCUAAUGAUGAGCUGACAGGCUGCAAACCUAUCCCUGUAAAGUAUCUGCAGUGGAGUGACAUAGAGUCUAUUGUGGCUGUGGUCUUCUCUUGCCUGGGCAUCCUCGUCACCAUGUUUGUCACCCUUAUCUUUGCACUCUACAGGGAUACCCCUGUCGUCAAAUCCUCUAGCCGGGAGCUCUGCUACAUAAUACUUGCGGGGAUCUUCCUUGGUUAUAUCUGCCCUUUCACCCUCCUUGCUAAGCCCACAGUCACUUCAUGCUACCUCCAGCGUCUCCUGGUGGGGCUUUCCGCUGCCAUGUGCUAUUCUGCCCUUGUCACGAAAACCAACCGCAUUGCACGCAUUCUGGCAGGGAGCAAGAAAAAGAUUUGUACCCGCAAACCACGCUUCAUGAGUGCUUGGGCCCAAGUAGUUAUUGCCUCCAUUUUGAUCAGUGUGCAGCUGACCUUGGUGAUUACUCUGAUCAUCAUGGAGCCCCCUUUCCCCAUCCUUUCCUACCCCAGUAUCAAGGAAGUCUUUCUGAUCUGCAACACCAGCAACUUAGGUGUGGUUGCCCCAGUGGGCUACAAUGGACUCCUUAUCAUGAGCUGCACUUACUAUGCUUUCAAAACUCGCAACGUGCCCGCCAAUUUCAAUGAAGCCAAGUAUAUUGCCUUCACUAUGUACACAACUUGCAUCAUCUGGCUUGCCUUUGUACCUAUAUACUUUGGAAGCAACUACAAGAUCAUCACAACUUGCUUUGCCGUGAGCCUGAGUGUGACAGUGGCCUUGGGGUGCAUGUUCACUCCCAAGAUGUACAUCAUCAUUGCAAAGCCCGAAAGGAAUGUCCGCAGUGCCUUCACCACUUCAGACGUGGUGCGUAUGCAUGUCGGGGAUGGCAAGACACCUUGUAGGUCCAACACUUUCCUCAGCAUAUUCCGGAGAAAGAAGCCAGGCACUGGAAACCCAAAUUCUAAUGGCAAGUCUGUGUCAUGGUCUGAACCAGGUGGAAGAGAAAUUCCCAAGGGACAACAUAUGUGGCACAGGCUCUCAGUGCAUGUGAAGAGUAAGGAGCUGGGAUGCAAUCAGACAGCAGUGAUCAAGCCCCUAACCAAAAGCUAUCCAGGUCCAAGCAAGAGCCUCACUUUUUCAGACAUCAGCAGUAAGACUUUGUACAACGUUGUGGAGGAGGAAGGAAGGGAGUCAGUGCACGUCAGCCAAAUGAGUAGUCCUUCCAUGGUUGUACCCAGGAGAGUGAUGGUGAUGCCUCCACCCCAGGCAGCAGCAGAAGACAUACAGAGUCCCAAAGUCCUGCCACCCCCACCCCCACCCCCGCGAUCCAUUAUGGAGCAGCUGCACGGUGUGGUCCACAAAUUUGCCACUGGCAUUCCUGAUUUCAAUGCUGUAAUGCCCGUGUCUGGCGCAGGAAAUGGAUUGAGGCCCAUAUACCAUCCUCCGGCAAUGCAGCAACAGAUACUGCCACUACAAAUGGGCACUUUCAGUAAAGAGCCAGUUUCACUCCCAUCUGAAGAAGAGGAAGAGGAGGAGGAAGAAGAGGAAGAGGAGGAGGAAGAAGAAGAAAAUGAAAAGUUUAAGCUUAUCCAAGAGUAUGUGUACGAGAGGCCAGGAAAUUUAGAGGAGGAGGAAGAUGAAGAAGAGGAACAGGCCACCAGCAAACUGACUCUAGAGGAUUCACCAGCACUGACACCUCCAUCUCCUUUUCGAGAUUCGGUGGCUUCAGGCAGUUCUGUGCCCAGUUCUCCUGUGUCCGAAUCAGUGCUUUGCAUACUUCCCAAUGCAACUUGCACCUCUGUUGUUUUGAGGGAUUACAAGCAAAGCUCAUCCACUUUGUAGAACAGAGGCUGCUCUGGUGAAAGCAAGUAGAGAUUGUCUUCUCUCUCAGCUCUGAUUGGAUGGGGAGAAAUAGCACAAGCCCUGUGGGGCAAGUGAAGACCAGUGAGCACGGUGUACGUGGUGGGGCAAAAAUUUGUAUCCUGCACUAAAUCCAUUAGAGGGCUCCAGUUCUUUACCUGUUGUGUGUGUGGUUUUGUUUUAAAAAAGGAAAUAAUUGUGUUCAAGAGUAGUGUAUUCUGAGAAGACCAUCGGAAUUCUGACAAAGCACAAAUCCCAUAUACAACUUCUAUAGCAAAAAGACAGCAUAAUAGUAACACACAGUGUUCACAAAUACACAGUCACAUCAUAUACUCUCU